GCUUUCCUUCCCAGGCUCCCUGGCUCGGCGCUCCUCUGCUCUCCCCUGCCGGUGCCAAUAUGGAGUCGCAGUGCGACUAUUCGAUGAUCUUCCCGGCCUGCCCUCUCCUCCCCUCAGACCUGCCAGUUCGGUACCGGGCGUUGCCCAGGCGAAACCACCUCUACCUCGGAGAGACGCUGCGCUUCCUGCUCGUGCUGCGGCUCCGGAGUCCCGGGGAGAAGCCCCAGGAAAGGGCGGGGACAGAGGCCUCUGCGUCGGGGGAGGCUUCUCAGGAAAGUCCGGGGCCUGAGGCCUUUUCGUGGGCCCCUCUGGCGGCUUCGCUUUCGGCCUUGGCCAGUGUUUGUCCUGGGGAGGAGGAAGCGGAGGCGGAAGAAGAGGAGAGCGGGGACUGCCCGGCGGGUUACCGGGGGUGUAAGGCAAUUCUGAGCCAACAACAACCCCCGCCUGGGCCAGCGCCUUCUGGGACCCCCGUUACAGAUCCCGUUGUGUCCAGUGAUGAGGUUAUCUUCCCCCUGUCUGUCUCUUUAGAUCGUCUCCCACCUGGGACAGUCAAAGCCAAGAUAGUGGUGACGGUGUGGAAACGGGACACAGAGCACUCGCGGGUCAAAACCUUUGGAUAUCGCUCAUUGUUACAAAAUUCCACCCCGGGACAAAUCUUCCGAGAGGAACAAGGAACCUUCAAGGCUCAAGUGAGUACCCUCCUCACCGUGCUCCCACCUCCCACCCUCAGGUGCCGUCAGAUCAACGUGGCCGGGAAACACUUCACUGCUGUGAAAGUAGUGAACACCUCUUCUCAGGAUGAACUCAGCAUCUGUGACGUGCGCAUCCUCCCCAACUUCAAUGCCAACUACCUGCCCGUCAUGCCGGAUGGAUCUGUGCUGCUGGUGGACAACGUGUGUCAUCAGUCAGGAGAUAUCAGCAUGGCCUCCUUCCUGCGCCUGCACAGCACCUCCUCCCAGCUUCCCAGCAGCCUCUACUCCAUGGAGGAGCACAACUUCCUGUUCCAGCUACAGGCUGGUGAGCAUCCCCCUGAGGAUGCUAAGGAGGGUCUGGAGGUUCCUCUGGUGGCUGUAGUUCAUUGGUCGACUCCAAAGCCCCUCACAUCCGACAUUUAUACCCAUUACAAACUCCCGAGCAUCCGUCUGGAAAGGCCCCGCUUUGUGAUGACUGCCUGCUGCGAGUCUCCCGUCCAGAUGCACAAACCUUUCCGGGUCACCUAUACGCUGCUCAACGACCUGCAGGACUUCUUGGCCGUCAGACUUGUAUGGACCCCGGACGCCAACACAGCUGGCAGGAGUAUUUCAGAGGAGGACCGGCGCUUGACAAAAGCUGUUCAGGAAGCGGUCGUUUGUCACACUCCAAUCAACAGCCUGGGAUUUUGCCGCAAGGGCAGCUCCGUAACAGUCGGGGUCACGUUCAUGGCUUUAAAAAGUGGUCUGUUUGAGCUAAGCCAACAUAUGAAAUUGAAGCUUCAGUUCACUGCCAGUGCUUCCCAACUGCCACCUGACGCUCGCCCCGUGUCCCGUCGGAGCAGUCCCAGCAGCCCGGCCCUCAGAGAUCUGGAACGGCAGCAGAGUGGGGUGCUGGGACGAUCUCAGUCCUUCUCCCACCAACAGCCAACUCGCGGUCAGCUGAUACGGACCGGCAGUGUGAUGGAGCGUCGUGCAAUAACCCCACCCGUGGGUUCCCCCCUGGGCAGACCCCUCUAUCUGCCCCCAGAGAGAGCAACCCUGUCGUUGGAUAAAAUCGCAAAACGCCAAUGCAAGGUGCUAGUCGUUCAGUGAUUUCCACCCACCCUCGAGGGGCAGGAUGGAGAUCAGCCAAUGGGAGACUGGACUGAUAUAGGAACAGGAAUAGGAAUUUGGGGUACGGACUGGGACACAUAGGACUGAGGCAGAGAAUGGAGCAGGGGUCAUGAUUGUUAUGUACUACUGAUAUAUACACUGGAUGAAUAAGGAGAGGGAGGGGGAAGCGGACCCUUGCUCAUGUCCCUCUCUUACAAGCUAUUUUUUUUUCUUUCCUUGCCUUAAAGGAACGGUUCAGUGUAAAACUAAAAACUAGGUAAAUAAAUAGGCUGUGCAAAAUAAAAA